GGACUGGCGCCAGUCGCUACACAUGCCGGCCGUCCGCCGAUUGCUCGCCGCGCUGCUGGCGCUCGCAGCAACGGCUGGAGUGAGACCUGGAUGGGUGAUUGGUCCGUGCACCCUGGAGUUGUCCACCAACUGCAGCAGCAAUGUCGUCUUCUACCUCUUUCACAGCGAGCACCCGGAUGAGCCGGUGGAGCUGCGCCUGGAAGACGGUGAGCAGCGGCUGGACGGCGUCUUCGACCCGCGCCGCCCCACCAAGGUGAUCGUGCACGGCUACGUGGGCGGCGUCGACUUCAACGUCACCAAGAUGGUCCGACAAGCAUACCUGCGCGCAGGCGGUCUGAAUGUGCUGGUGGUGGACUGGGGCUACCUGGCGCCGUCUCCUUGCUACCUGGCCGCCGUGCUCAACACGCUGCACGCCGGACGCUGCCUCGCCGCCAUGCUGCAGCGGCUCCAGCGUAUCCACGGCGGCGGCGCCCCCCUGGACGUGCACCUGGUGGGCCAUAGCCUGGGGGCGCACAUCUCCGCCUUCGCCAGCAACCACCUGCUGGACGCCACGGGCUCCAGGGUCCGCAGGAUCACAGGGCUGGACCCGGCGCUGCCGUUCUUCGCGACGCUCAAGUCCUCCUGGAAGCUGGACCCCAGCGACGCCGACUUCGUGGACGCCAUCCACACGAACGCCGGCGUCUUCGGCAAGAUCGAGCCGUCGGGUCACGCAGACUUCUACGUCAACGGCGGCACACAUCAGCCCGCAUGCCGAGAAGCGCGCAAUGAGCCAGUGUGCUCGCACCUCAUGUCGGCGGUGUACUUCGCAGAGUCGGUGGAGAGCGAUCCGGGCUUUUGGGGUUUGCCGUGCCCAUCCUACUGGCAGCACACUCUGGGCUGGUGCCCGGAUGGUGAGCAGGCACGCAAGCAGGCUGUCCUCAUGGGCGAGCACUGCCCCACAGGGACCCGAGGGGUAUUCAUUGUGGAGACAGCGGAAACACCACCUUUCGCAUUGGGAAACCAGCCGGCAACAACUACGACAACAGUGGCACCAGAGACAGCAGCUGACACUGACUACAUAGCACAAUCCUAGCACUGUGACACCAUCCUGCAUUUGAGAACUUAAUCUGAUAAGACAUUGUGUUCCACCAGCAGAUAUGCUAUAUUGGUCUUCUUGUGACAGUGAGAUGUGGCAAGCUAACAGAAACAGAAGUAGCAUCAACAUAGCCAAUAGAGGGAAAGCACUUUUCUCUUUUACCAUGUUGUAAAGGUUUAUUUCUUCUAAUGUCUCAUAAUUUCCAUCCUCACCUCUCAAAUCCUUACUUCUUCUUUUUAGUUUUCUACUAUCUGUGUUCCCCCUACACAUAAAAUGCAGCAAAAAAGGAUUGUCAGGACUAACAAUACACAAUAGCCAAAUGAAACAACCUUACACUGAUUAUUUAUAAUUUGUAAAUACAUGAUCUUCUUUUUCAUCCCCAGUGUUUGUCCCUCAAUGUACAGAAGUCUGCCUUUUUUGCUCUCUAGCUCCAGUUGGCAUAAUCUUGAGCUUUGUCUUGGUGGAGACUCACUGGAGGAUAUCUAGCCAACAUUGUCUUAGUAUUCCCAUAGGUCAUUUACCAUUGACUUUCAAUGAAAACCAAAGAUUUACUAUUGUUUCUUGAUCUACUUGAAGAAUGUGUCCAUAUCGCCAUUGACAUCUUUCUCCCAUCUUCUCAACAGGGUGCAUUCGGUACUGACUGUGAAUUUAAUCUUUGGUCACACAAUCAUGAAGUGUCAAUACACAGUCACCAGUCAUUUUUGAUAGAUCUGUCAUGUAAUUCAUUAUGGUAUUUAAAAUGCAUUUAAAGAUGCAAUAUUUUAUUCACCUGUAAUUCCUUUAUCUCUUUAGGUUAUCAGUCUUCUGUGUCCUGCCACAAUCUCUUCUUCUGUGCCAGUCUCUUAAUCUCAGCACCUGAACCGAACAUCCUCAAUUACACAUUGUAUGUAUUCCAGUCUCUGUCUUCCAGUAAACAAUUUUUCCUCUAUAGCGCCCUCUGGAAUCAUUCACAUUAUACUCUGAUAUCUUAACACAUGCCCUGUCAUCCUGAUCUUAGUGUUUUCCAUACACUCCUCUCUUUAUCACUUCUGUGGAGAAUCUCCUCAUUUCUUAUCCUAACAGUCUACUCCAUUUUCAGCAUCCUUUCGUAACAUCAUGUACCAAAUGAUUGGAUUCUUUUCUUUCCCAAUUUUAUUACAGCCAACAAUUCAUUUCUAUGCUUUAUAAUACCUCUGAGUGACACUCUCAGAAAUUUCUUUCUCAAGUUAACACCUAGGUUUCAUACUAACAGACUUAUUUUAUGGAUAAUGCUCUUUUUUUCUUGUGUUCAUUUGCUACUUAAAUCCUCAUUCUAUUAUUCAUCAUGUUUCCAAGGAAGCAAAGUUUCUUUACUUUGUCUACAGUGAGACAUGUUCCAUGUUGAUUUACUCUUUAUUACUCUCUCUCUCUCUCUCUCUCUCUCUCUCUCUCUCUCUCUCUCUCUCACUCACUCACUCACUCACUAAGAAUCUAUAUGCCUCAGUAGACACUUGCAUUACCUCAAUAUAGUCUCCAUUAAGCUGCACACAUUUGCAUCACUGAUAUAGGUUCUCUGUAGGCCCUCCUAGGGGUAUGUUGCACCCACCACAGGUCAGCUGCUAGCUGUUCCCGGGCAUUUGUGAAAUGGUGUCCAUUCUGAGGUAUCUUUGUGGCCCCAUUCUGGCCAUUUCUUUUUAAUUGCAUAAUGUGACCUCCAAAGGGUCUCAUUGUGCAUUCCAAAAGAAAUGGCCUGGAAAAUGGGUGAAGUGAAUGCUCUUUCAGCACAAUAACACUCAUCCCCAUAUGACUGGAACAAUCACAGCUGUCGUUGUUGACAUGAGGUUCUAGGUGCUGCCACACUCUCCAUAUUCUCCUGACUUGUCCAUUAUGAUUACCAACUAUUCAAUGCUACAAAGAAACUGCUGCAUGGACAUCAUUUCACAGAUGUUCAAAAGUGUGAGCAGCUGUCUGACGGUGGAUGUGACAGACUCCAAAAACAUGAUUCAAAGAUGUCCAACACAUAAAGGUUUUUAAUAAGCAUAAAAAUAGUGUAAAUCAGUGUAGAAUGCCCCUCAAACAUGGUCCCAAAUUUCAAUAUAGUUUGUCAGUGAUUCAACAUCUGCUGCUCCAUCAUACUUUCAUCUUUUUGGUUUAUUCUUGAUCCUUGUUCUUCUUACUUUAACUGUUCAUUCCAUUAAACAGGCCUUGUAAUUCUCCCUCACCUUAACAGAGAGUAAAAAUAUUGUCACAAAGUUUUAUUAUUGACAUUCUUUCACCCUGAAUUUUAAUCUACUUCUGAAUCCUUAUUUUAUUUCCUUCAUUGCUUUUUUUUGUAUAUAGGUUAUGCAGCUGUGAAGGAAGACUGUGUACCUGACUUAUGCCCUUUUUAAUCUCAAUGCUUCUCUCUUUGUCCCAUAUUCAUAUGCCAUAACUGAUUACAAAAACACCUAAGGAAAAUAUGAAGCAUGUUUUAGGAUUCCACUGACAAGUUUUAAGUAUGAAAGCCUCCACACACAAGCUCAUGAACUAAUGCUUCAUGAGUUAUGUACAUAAGGUGACUGUAAAGUUCUGAGAAUGAAUAAUGAGAAUUGUGCGCUUAUUAUGUUUCAUUAAAGACAUAUUCAGAUAAAGUCACAACAGGUGUUCAAAAUGUUUUCUCUGAAACUCAUCACGUAAUUGUUACUUUUGCUGCAAUCCUCUAUCGAGGGUAGCAGGAUUCUGUUUCAUGUCAUCAAGUGCAGGGCUGAUUUGUGAAAUCAAUCAGCUAUGGUGACAAUAGGAGUAAUGUAAACUACUGUUUUGACAGCCACCAAAGAAUUGAAUCAAGAUACAAUAAAUCAGGUGAAGAUACUGGCCAGGUAACAGAUCCUGCUUGACUUUCCCAUUGUUCCUAAAGUUUACAGUUAGUUGUUCUCACACAUCAGCAAUAGAAAGAGAGAUAGCUGUGCAAAGAAAGUGGUAUUGUGACCAGCUGUUUUGUAAUUGUGGUGUGCAGACUCUUGUAGUAAGGUUCUCCAGUUAAAUAGGGCUGAAAGAAGAACACUACCAAAAAUCUUUAUGAAAAUCUUUGUUAGUGAUAACAAACAGUAAUUUACACAUAGGAUCUCAUUCUCCAACUUACAACCAUUCUGUUAAAAUAGCUGACUACUACAAAUUAUGCCUCUUCUGUGAAUAAUAGUAUUGCUGGAAAGCCAACACCAUUACCAUUAUUUUGAUGAAAAAACAAAUGCAUGAUUGCCACACCAGGUUUGUAGUUGGAUCGUCCUAAUGUGACACAAUAUAGGUUACACUCUUGAAGACCCUCUAAAUAGUUAUAUGAUCUAUGCCCAUAAUGUUUUACAAAGUGAUGAAGUGGCUAAGCGGUUUGACUGAUAUGAAACUUCCUGGCAGAUUAAAAAUGUGUGCCGGACCGAGACUUGAACUCAGGACCUUUGGCUUUCGCAGGCAAGUGCUCUACCAUCGCAGGAGAGAUUCUGUGAAG